AUGUUUGAUUUCUCGUUAACAAUAGGUGUCAACUUGUAUCAGAAGGCAUCGAUAGUUGAUAAAAUCAAGUAUGUGCAUUGGCUUAAGGAGCAAGCAAUCGCCAUAUCAGAUCAAACUACUAAAACAAAGGACUAUGUCCCAAUAGCCAUUGAUGGACUGCUUUAUGUAAGGAUUGUGGAUCCUUUAUUGGCACCUUAUGGCAUUGAAGAUCCUAUAUUUGCAGUCAUUCAAUUAGAGCAAACGACGAUGAGAAGCAAACUCGGGAAAAUCACUCUUGACAAGACUUUCGAAGGGUGUGAUGCACUCAACAAGAACAUCCUCGAUGCUAUUGACUACUGGCCUUUGUAA